CAAAACUUACUCUUCUAAUUUGCCUGGAAUCACCUUGUUUAAACUCAAAAGCUGAAAAUGUUCAGAAAGGGAGAGCCAUCAUGGAAAAUCCAACUUCCAGUAUAUCAAUGUGAUCAAGAGGAAUCGCAAUUCAGCAGCCGUGAGGUAGAGAAUUUCAGUUGUUUCAGAGCUUUGAAGGAAUCGUCGAAAGACAAGAGCGUCCCAGCUCAAUCUUCCAAAUCCAAACCAUUAAUACAAAGGGUUCCAUCCACUUUAAGUGAAAGGAAGGAUUACAAGAAAUAUUUUGAACCAAGGGUGGUUGCAAUUGGCCCCCUCCACCAUAAGAACUCCAGGCUCCAGCCAGCAGAGAAGGCCAAGCUUGACCUUGCAGUGCAAUUCACAAACGAACGUGAUGUUUCGGAACAAGAGUUAUACAAAAAGAUCAAGAAGGAGAUGAGAGAUCUGAAGAAGUGUUAUAGGCCAAAGGAUAUAGAAGAUUAUGACGAUGAGGAGCUCGCUUGGAUGUUCUUUGUGGACGGGUGUGCAGCGUUGCAUGCCAUGCACUGCACUAGGCUAGAAAAACAGAAAGAUUUGAAUAUCAAAGUUGAUCUUCUUGCAUUUGCCCAACUAGAUUUGUUCAUGCUGGAGAAUCAACUCCCUUUUCGAGUCCUCGAGUUACUGAUGAGCUCAGUCAAAAAUGGAAAGCAUUUGAGAGAAUCGAUCAACUUGUUCAUUGAUGAUAAGAUUAAGAAAACAUUGGCAGCAGGGACGGAGCAACCGCCACUAGAGGCAGGCGACCAAGAACACACUCAUCUCCUUGGGCUUUUGCGGGAAAGGCUAUUGGCCAACCCCAAACAAACCAAGAAGCCUAAAAAUACCUUGAUUGGUCAGGUACUUAGGUCUCUUGGACCAACAGAAGCUGAUAAAACGUUUCGGAGUAUCAAUGAGCUGAAAGAAGCAGGGAUUCGCGUGAGUCGCAGCGAGACAAGCAGCCUCCGAGAUGUUAAUUUCUCCGUUGGGUUUUUGGGAACUCUGACGAUUCCUCGCAUCGUGGCGGACGACUCGACGGGUUCCAAGUUCAUGAACCUGGUAGCUUAUGAAAUGUGUCCAGAUUUUGAGAAUGACUUUGGGGUCACUUCUUACUUGUGCUUCCUUGAUUCCCUCAUCGACACAGCACAAGACGUGAAGGAGUUGAGACAUGCAGGAAUGCUACUGAAUUACAUGGGCAGUGAUGAAGAAGUAGCUCAUCUUUUCAAUAACAUAACCACCGAUUUGGUGCCUGAUCUCGGGAUGUACCGAGGAGUAACCGAGGACAUCCGUAAGUAUUGCGACAAUCCAUGGACGACCUGCAUAGCCAAGGCCUAUUACACUCAUUUCAGCACUCCCUGGAGUAUCCUGGCCUUUUUGGGAGCCGUAUUGGGUCUUAUUUUUACUGCCAUUCAAGCAUAUUACUCAAUGAGAAGAAAAGGUUAGGACCAAAGUGAACAUGUUUCCCAUUUGCAAGCGGCCCAAGUGUGUUUUUUACCUUCAUUUUUUUCCUGCUAUACUAUGUGAGUGUGAGCGUGAAGAUGGGUGCCUGCCUUUGAUUCUCUAAUUGUAAGCUUACUGUUCACUGAUUUGAUUUCAAGUUGUGGGAAACAAAUAAA